AUGGAUGAAAUCGAAAAUAUAUAUUUUGAAGAGGAUCUUGAGGAUAUCCUUUCAGACAUCCCCAGUGAAUAUGCAGAAAGUGAUGAGUCUUCUGAUUCUAGAAUUUUCGUACCAAGACAACGAGUAAUGAGAUUGUCAGAUUCCUCAGAAAAUGAUGUAGCCGACGAAAAUUUGGAUUGGUCAGAAACUGAUCUGCCGAGAAAUCUAAAUGAUUUUGAAGGUGCUUCAGGAGUGAAAAUAUUUCCAGAAAAUCGUGACAGCGUAGAAAAUGUAACAUCGCUUUUUAUUGGUGAUGAUCUUUUCUCUACUAUAUGUGAAGAAACAAAUAAAUAUUACUCUCAAAAUCGUCACAAAUAUAAAAAAGUGGAGCAUACUGCAAAGUGGUAUGACGUAACUAAUAUCGAACUGAAAAAGUGGUUUGCCCUGGUAAUAAUUAUGGGGUUGGUAAAAAAAAAUUCUAUAGCUGAUUGUUGGUCAACUAACCCUCUGAUUGAAAUGCCUAUUUUCCGGAAAACUAUGACUCGUAAUAGAUUCCAGCAAAUUCUGACCUUCCUUCAUUUUUCAGAUAAUUCUAUUAUACCAUCAAAUUCGAAUCGUUUAAUCAAAAUUCAAUAUAUCAUCGACUACUUUUGUAGAAAAUUUAUGGAGAUCUACACACCCAACCAAAAUUUAUCAUUAGAUGAGGGUAUGAUUCCAUGGCGUGGUCGUCUAAAAUUCAGAGUAUACAAUCCCAUGAAAAUAGUCAAAUAUGGAAUUUUAAAUAGAAUGUUAUGCGAAUCUAAAACUGGUUAUAUAUGUAACUUCAAAUUAUAUUCAGGUGAAAGCAAUAAUUUGCGGAACACUAUUACUGAAGUAUUGGCACCAUAUUUGAAUAAAUGGCAUAACAUUUAUGCUGACAAUUUUUAUAAUAGUGUUGAUUUAGCAAAUCAUCUAUAUAGUUUGAAGACCAGAAUCUGUGGUACUAUCAGGGCGAACCGUGGACUACCUGCCGUUCUAAAAAAGCCAAAACUUAAUAUAAAUGAAUCUAUAUAUCGCCGAAAAGGUGAAGUAUUAUUGCAAGUGUGGCAAGCCAAAAAAACGAAACAAGUAACGAUGAUUUCAACAAUUCACCAAGCGGAAAUUCAUGAUACCGGAAAAAUAGAUAGAAAAACGGGACUUUCGAUAAGAAAACCGAUAAGUGUUAUUGAUUAUAAUAAUUUUAUGAGUGGUGUAGUCUUGCCGAUCAAUAUCUCUCAUACUAUCCUAUUUUUAAAAAAACAAAAAAAUGGACCAAAAAAACUUGCUGAGUCUUGGCUAACAGAGAAAAACUCUUACUCAGACGAAGAUAUCGAAGCUAGUGAACCUAGUACUUCUUUUACAAGAACACCUCGGGCUGAUAAACGAGGACGGCUUUCGGGAUCCAUAAAACAACACGAGUUGAUAAAAAUUUUCAGCGAUAAGGCCAACAAAUUUGUUAGAAGGAAUUGUCGCGUCUGUUCUGCGCAUAAAAUAAGAAAACCAAGUGCUUAUAUGUGUAAAUCUUGUAAAGUAGCAUUACAUAUUGGAGAAUGCUUUCAAAAAUAUCAUACCAAUAAAAAGUACUAA